AUGGCGCGCUCAGCCCUCUCUCCGGUCUGCUGUCGGCCCUGCGCCCCUGGGCCCGGCUCCGCGCCGAGGGGCCAGACCUUCGGGGAAUGGCCUGUGGACAACGACCGCCCUCUGGUCAUAAAUCCUUGUUGGGCAUCUAUAAACAGGGGGAUUCUGAUCUGUGAUGAGUGCUGUAGCGUUCAUCGAAGUUUGGGGCGUCAUAUCUCUCAAGUGAGACAUCUCAAGCAUACACCAUGGCCUCCAACGCUGCUGCAGAUGGUUGAAACACUGUAUAAUAAUGGUGCUAACUCCAUAUGGGAACAUUCAUUGCUGGACCCUGCCUCUGUUAUGAGUGGAAGGCGCAAAGCUAGCCCACAGGAUAAAGUGCAUCCCAAUAAAGCAGAAUUCAUUAGAGCUAAAUAUCAGAUGUUAGCAUUUGUUCAUCGCUUGCCAUGCCGUGAAGAUGACAGUGUUACUGCCAAAGAUCUUAGUAAGCAACUCCAUUCCAGUGUAAGGACAGGGAAUCUGGAGACAUGUUUGCGAUUACUCUCCUUAGGAGCUCAAGCCAACUUCUUUCAUCCUGAGAAAGGAAACACCCCGCUCCAUGUUGCUGCUAAGGCAGGACAGACUUUACAAGCAGAAUUAUUAGCGGUUUAUGGUGCUGAUCCUGGCACACAAGAUUCCAAUGGAAAAACUCCAGUUGAGUAUGCAAGACAAGGUGGGCAUCAUGAACUGGCAGAGCGCCUGGUGGAAAUUCAGUAUGAACUCACAGACAGGUUAGCUUUCUAUCUCUGUGGCAGGAAACCAGAGCAUAAAAAUGGACAGCACUUUGUUAUACCUCAGAUGGCAGACAGCAGUCUAGAUUUAUCAGAACUUGCAAAAGCAGCUAAGAAGAAACUUCAGUCUCUAAGCAACCACUUAUUUGAAGAACUUGCCAUGGAUGUGUAUGAUGAAGUUGACAGGAGAGAAACAGAUGCAGUUUGGCUUGCUACUCAGAAUCAUAGUACACUUGUGACAGAGACCACAGUGGUCCCUUUUCUUCCCGUAAAUCCUGAAUAUUCCUCAACCAGGAAUCAGGGAAGACAGAAACUGGCUCGAUUUAAUGCCCAUGAAUUUGCUACGCUAGUUAUAGAUAUUUUAAGUGAUGCCAAACGAAGACAACAGGGGAAUCCUCUCACUGGUUCAAAAGAAAAUGUGGAACUGAUACUCAAAUCAAUCAGCAAUCAACAUAGUAGUGAAAGUCAGGAUAAUGACCAGCCUGAUUAUGACAGUGUUGCUUCAGAUGAAGAUACAGAUCUGGAAACAAAUGCAGCUAAAUCAAACAGACAGAAGAGCCUGGAUUCAGACUUGUCAGAUGGACCAGUGACAGCCCAAGAAUACAUGCAAGUUAAAAACGCAUUGGUGGCUUCUGAGGUAAAGAUUCAGCAGUUAAUGAAAGUGAACAUCAACUUGAGUGAUGAGCUGAGAAUCAUGCAGAAAAAGCUUCAAACGCUACAGAGUGAAAAUACCAGCCUCAGAAGACAGGCCACAACCAAUAUAUAUCAGGUCCAAACUGGUUCUGAAUACACAGACCCUACCAACAAUUCUUCUUUAAAGCGGCGACCAUCUGCACGGGGUAGCAGACCCAUGUCCAUGUAUGAGACUGGAUCAGGUCAGAAACCCUACCUCCCCAUGGGAGAGGUCACAUACCCAGAAGAAAGCAUAACAAGACUGCAGCCUUUCCCUCCACAUAUCGGGAGGAGUGCGUUUGUGACCUCCUCUUCAUCUCUACCUUCCUUCCCCUCCACGCUUUCCUGGUCAAGGGAUGAAAGCACACGAAGGGCCUCGAAACUGGAGAAGCAGAGCAGCGUGUCCGAGAGUGACUACGAUAACCCCACUGCCCCUCUGGAGCUGGAGGAGACGGGGUCAGGCAGGAAGGGCCGGCAGAGGAGUGUCAUUUGGCAGGGGGAGAGCUCCAUCCCUGAAGAUGCUGACACAGCCCCCAACUCCAGUUUGCCCAGUACAGAAGAUGUGAUUCGGAAAACUGAGCAGAUCACUAAGAAUAUUCAGGAGCUGCUGCGAGCAGCACAAGAGAACAAGCAUGAUAGACCAUUAGAGCGUGCGGGCAUGCUCAAGCUCAGACAUAGCCUCGGCUGCUUCAGCACGCUGGUUCCCUGGGCUGAGAGAGCUCCCCUGCAGCCUCUGACCAUCCAGCAGCCCGGUCCUGCCUCCUGCUAUAUACCGUGCUCCGAGAGAAUACAUGUGGCAGUAACGGAAAUGGCAGCCUUGUUCCCAAAAAAACCCAAAUCUGAACUGGUAAGGACUUCUUUGCGUCUGCUGACAUCUAGUGCCUACAGACUCCAAUCUGAGUGCAAAAAAACCCUUCCUGUGGAGACGUGCCCUACAACAGACAUCCAGCUGGUCACGCAGCAAGUGAUCCAGUGCGCCUACGACAUCGCCAAGGCUGCUAAACAGCUGGUUACCAUCACAACCAAAGAGAACAACAACUGAGUCACACUUGGCUUUUUAGUCUUGUUUUUUAAAGGUUGAAUUUCAAACAGGUGUGGAACUAUUCAAAUUUUUAUGAGAAAAACUAAAGGGGCAAGAAACUUUUUUUAAAAAACUCAGUAUUAUUUUUGCAUGUUUUCUAACAAUUUUAUGAUUAAUUUAACCCACUGCCUUAUUUUGUGCCUGUGUUGCCAGUUUAGUUACAGAUAAUAGCAUGCUGCGAAUAGCUGUUGAGCCAUUAUCACGUACCAGCGUUGUAUCAAGCUCUUGCUAGAUGUUCCCCUGGGGCCACGUUCUGCUUUCAGAUACUGCUUGCAAAACUCCCACUGAAGUCAGCGGCACGUAUCAGAGGGCAGAAUCUCACCUCUGCUCUGUCCCUCCUGGAGCCUCGUGUGCCGUGAUGCCGCUGACUGAGAAAUCCGCAGCGAAACAGGCUCUGAAGGCUCCAGGACCGUAACUGCUGCCCAGCAGGAAGAAGGUUGUAGUCCUGAUAACGGAGUACAAGCCAAAUAUUACCUGUUCCCAUAUCAAUUGUUGUGCAAUAAUAUGUUUUUACUCUGCUAAAACAAUAGUAGUUGUGGGCAUACGAGCUUAUUACAUGUAACUAUACAAGGUCUUUGUCACUUUAUCUGUUUUGGAAGGAAUUUGAAACUUAAUGGUUAUUUCUUUUAGUUGUCACUAUGCCAUUAAUAUGUAUGUUUGAUGUUACGUUAGGGCAUUAGUGGUUAAAAUAUUAUCCUUUGUUUCUGAUUUAACAAUUCAUUCUUAAGUUUCCUACAGAAUUUUACUGUCAUCUUCAAGGCACCAUCUUGUUUGCAGCAGCAUUGCUCAGUAACUCAAGAUGCAAUUUCACUAAAGAUUUCUGUGAUAAUUAAAAAACAAAAAAGGAAGUUGGAAGAGUGCCAGUGCAAAAGCAGCUGUACCUGCCAUAGCAUGUAACCUCUGUACCUCAACAUAUCCAAAUGUGAAAAGGUUUCUGAUAUCUAGUAAGUUUUAUGCAAAUCUUUCAAAAUUUUACAAGCUAUGUAUGGAGUAACCCAAGCUAGGCUGCCUGUUAGAAAGGUAGGUGGGUGACAAACAUCCAUGUGGGUUUCGGGUUUCUUCAUUCGUAACAGUGUCAGUCCAUACUUUCAAAAAUGAGAAUUCUUUGGGAAUCCAAAUUCCAUGGGGGAAAACAAUGACUAAUUUUUGUCUCCGCCUGUGUCCCGUUUGGAAGCGUGUUGUCAUUUUCAAGGAGCCGGCUGCGGCAGUUCGGCUGGCAGCCUCUUAAAGUGGUCUUUUAGUUAAGAGCGAAGUUACGGAACUGCAGCGGCUGUCACGUGGCAGCAGUUGAUGUGAACAUUUAGACAGUUUUCACAGAAACAUUUGAGUCAGAAACGGCUGUCUGCUGUUCCACAAACGGGUCUGCAGUACGCAGUCUGCCAAAACCACGAACUCUUCAAGGCUUUCUGGUGAAAAACUGCCAUAUUUAUGUGAACAAACAAGGUAAAGUUCAGUGGCUGGUUCCUUUUCAAUCAUACUGUGUUUGUAUGUAUAUAUAAACACUAAGUGCCAUAACGCUGUUGGAUUCUCGUAUGUUGUAUUUAGCUCCCUUUUUAAAGUAGUGCAGGUUUGAGGAGGGGGAAGGAAUGGAGAGAGUAGAUGACAACCCAGUAAGUUAAUGAUGUUCUUCAUUGUGAGGGUUUUUUAUUUCCUUUCUGCACUUCUGAAUUCCAGAACUGUCUCUAAACUCAUGGGAAUGCAGACAGGCUGGGAUUAGAACUGCAAAAGACAUUGGUAAAACCUGCUUCAAAAUUAUGCUACUGGCAAUUAAAUACACUGAUAAUCUUCUCGGAACUUUUCCUUAAAUUGGCAUCAUUGAAAGGCAGGGGAUGGUAUUUUUCAAUAUCUCUCAGGACACCAGCGUACGCUUUUCUUUUAACAUAUCUUAGCUGAUUUCCAAAGCAGGGUAACACUGAGUUAUGUUGUAAGUUAUCAGUUGUUUAAACUUGCCUCUGUACCGAAACAAACGGAUGCUUUGAUAACUUCAAGCCCUUGUUCCAGCUACGCUAGCUCCAGAUUUUCUAAAAUCAACUAUUUUGCUUGUUGGGAAGGCCUAGCUAUAAAAACACGGCCAACCCCUAACUGAUUUCCCAUUCUGUCGCUUAAACAGCAUUUCUGGUCAACUCCCCCGUCUCCGAACAAACGUUUGUUCUGGGUUGGUUAUGGUCACGCUGUGUCAUCACUCCAGAGCCACGGUGGCUGUCAUGCAAGAUAGGCAAUUUUCUGACGUUCUCAGUAAAACAGAAGUGGUCUGAGCACAUGCUGAUGUGCUGCGUCAGCUCUUUUCACAAACAGGCAGAGUGGUUCAAAACCAGCCGUGGAAGGGAAGCAUAGUGUGUAGAUUAGCCCUCGAAUCGUACAUCACUGCGGGUCAGAAGAGUUGUAAUACCUGAAAUAACAACGGUGGUUUUUUUCCUUUUAUGACUAGAUCUCUUUUUCCCCUGUAAACAAACUUGCUUUUUCUUUACAAAAUGCCAUGUAGGAAAGUAAACAAUUUUUUUGCCUUUUUCCAACACUUGUAUUUAUCAGUGUCAUUCUGUCUGUACAAGAUUUUGACUUAAGCUUUUGUUUACUGUAUUACUAUAAAACGCUAAAACCC